GUGCAGCAGCCAGGGCAGGAGAUGGAGAAGUUUCGCACCGUGUUGGAUUUCUGCCUCAAUCACCAGAAGGUGCUCGGUUACAGCGCCGUGUCCCUGCUGACCGCGGGCAGCGAGCGUCUCUUCUCAGCCGUGGUGUUCCAAUGCCCCUGCAACUCCUGGAACAUGCUCUAUGGCUCUGUCUUCCUGUUGGUGCCUGCCCUGAUCCUCUUCCUUCUUGGCUACCUGGUGAAUGUCAGGGCCUGGCGGCUGUUCACUGGCUGCUGUGCCCCAGGCAGGUGUUGCUGCAUCAUCCACAGGAGGCGCUUCUGGCGCUACGUUGGGGUGCUGUGGCUGGUGACGGUGAGUGCUGCUGUGGCCCCACUCACCUGGAUCGCCGUGGCCCUGCUUGGGGCCAAUCUCUAUGAGUGCGCAGUAAGUGGGAGCAGCCUGUUGCAGAGGCACCUGUGCCAAGGCAGAGGGACUCAGUGCCAUGAGCAGGUGGCCAGAAUACCCUGUGGUGGGACUCUCCCCAAAGAGGCACAGACAUUUGUGAGCCUUCAGACUCAGUCCCAGGUGCUAGGAUGGAUACUGAUAGCAAGCAUCAUGGCUUUAGUACUGGCUGUCACAUGCAUCAACCGCUGUCGUUCUCCAGUCAGUUUUCUUCAGCUGAGGUUCUGGAAAAUCUACUUGGAAAAGGAACGGGAGGUUUUUGAGAGGAAGGCCAAGGAGCAUGCAACCAAGCUGGCCGAAAGGAACCUGAAGUGCUUCUUUGAGUCCACUGAGCCAGAACCAUUUCAGACUCCCAGCAACAAAGACUGGCAGCAGAUCUCGUCCUUGUAUGCCUUCAAUACUAAAGGACAGUAUUACAGCAUGAUACACAAAUAUAUUAGUGCAAACAGAGGCACCAGCAUCAAAUCUACUGAAGAAGAUGUGUUUUCUCCUGCUUUAGGAUUUGUGGAUGGCACUGAUUGUAAUGAAGCGGGGACAUUAUAAUCAAAGAAAGAAAUUCUAUUUUUGUAGCAUGGACAGUUAUGUAAUUAUGGCCAUAGAAAAAAGGUCUCGUUCUAUGCACUGAUCUCUUGUUGACAUCAAUGGGAGUUAUGUGCAAAGUCUUCAGGAGAAGAUGGCCCAUAAAGUUUGCAGCAUUAUUUUUAAUGAAUUUUGUUACUUUUACUUAAGUGCCUUUUGUAAAAUACAUAUUUCUGGA